AUGCACUUCCAGAUGUCGAUUCCGAAGAUGAAGAUUGAGACUGACUUCAAACUAAAAGAAGCACUGAUAGCCUUGGGUGUUUCUGAAAUGUUCUCAGAUAACGCCGAUCUUAGUGGAAUCUCAAGCAUGAACCAGCUAAAGGUGUCCGAUGCAGCGCAUAAAGCUAUCAUAGAGGUGGACGAAGAAGGCACAACGGCAGCAGCUGCCACUGCGAUCAAAAUGGUAGCAGAAUCAGCGAGAAUGGACGAUCCUAUAAUGUUUAUUGCCGACCAUCCUUUCAUAUUUAUUUUAACGAAAAAUAAGCAUCCUCUUUUUAUGGGACAGUUUAUGUAA